GAGCGCCGCAGGUACGGACUAGCCGGGCGGCACCUGCCGGGAGACCAGAGCGGACCCUCCCUCCGCGCGGAGCUGAAGUGAGGGGAAACCCGAGGCGUUCCUUGGAGAAGGUGGUGCGUCCUGGGGCGGCAUCUGAUGAAGAAGGACGCGGUGCCCCGAAGCCCCUGAGCUGAAAAGGCCAAAGAAGGGGCGGUAUGGCGUGGCCCAAACUGCCCGCACCUUGGCUGCUGCUCUGCACCUGGCUCCCAGCAGGGUGUCUGUCCUUGCUUGUGACGGUCCAGCACACAGAACGCUAUGUUACCCUGUUUGCCUCUGUCGUCCUCAAAUGUGACUACACCACCUCUGCCCAGCUCCAGGAUGUGGUGGUGACAUGGCGCUUCAAGUCCUUCUGCAAGGACCCUAUCUUUGACUACUACUCAGCGUCAUACCAGGCAGCUUUAUCCCUGGGCCAGGACCCAUCCAAUGACUGCAACGACAACCAGCGGGAAGUUCGCAUCGUGGCACAGCGGCGGGGGCAGAAUGAGCCCGUGCUGGGGGUAGAUUACCGGCAGCGCAAGAUCACCAUCCAGAACCGAGCAGAUCUUGUGAUUAAUGAAGUGAUGUGGUGGGACCAUGGAGUGUAUUACUGUACCAUUGAGGCUCCAGGGGACACAUCAGGAGACCCUGAUAAGGAGGUGAAGCUCAUCGUCCUGCACUGGCUGACAGUAAUCUUCAUCAUCCUGGGAGCCCUCCUCCUCCUGCUGCUGAUCGGAGUGUGCUGGUGCCAGUGCUGUCCUCAGUAUUGCUGCUGCUACAUCCGCUGCCCCUGCUGUCCCGCCCGCUGCUGCUGUCCUGAGGAAGUCCUGGCCCGCCACCGCUACGUGAAGCAGGCCCAGGCCCUAGGUCCUCAGAUGAUGGAAAAACCCCUGUACUGGGGGGCGGACAGGAGCUCCCAGGUUUCAUCUUAUCCAAUGCACCCGCUGCUGCAGCGAGAUUUGUCCGUGCAGUCCAGCCUCCCUCAGAUGCCAAUGACCCAGACCACCAAUCACCCUCCCAUCACCAAUGGUGUCCUGGAGUAUUUGGAGAAUGAACUGCGGAACCUCAACCUGGCCCAGCCUCUGCCCCCUGACCUCAAAGCCAGAUUUGGCCAUCCCUGCAGCAUGCUGUCCUCCCUGGGCUCCGAGGUCGUGGAACGCAGAAUCAUCCACCUGCCCCCAUUGAUCAGAGACCUGUCAUCUUCAAGGAGGACCAGUGACUCCCUGCACCAGCAGUGGCUCACCCCAAUUCCCACCAGGCCCUGGGAUCUGAGGGAGGGGAGAAGGCAGCAUCAUUUCCACCAGGAGCUCCGGAAUCAGGGGCCAAAAUCUUGGGCAUUGGAAAGAAGGGAGCUGGACCCGUCAUGGAGUGGAAGGCGCCAUAGCUCUAGACUGAAUGAGUCACCCAUACACUGGUCAGACAGGGACAGCCUAAGUGAUGUCCCCUCGUCCAGCGAGGCACACUGGCAGCCAAGCCACCCUUCGUUCAGGAGCCGCUGUCAGGAGAGGCCCCGCAGGCUCAGCCCCCGGGAGAGCACUCAGAGGCACGGGAGACAUCACAGGCACCGCAGCUAUUCCCCUCCCUUGCCCUCCGGCCUCAGUUCCUGGAGCUCUGAAGAGGAGAAGGAGAGGCAACCCCAGGGCUGGGGGGCCCACCGCCGCCACUCACACUCCCCACACUGGCAGGAGGAGAAGCCGCCUAGCUACCGCUCACUGGAUGUCACUCCAGGCAAGAAUGACAGGAAAAAAGGGAGUGUGGAGAGGCGCUCGGAGAAAGACAGCUCUCAUAGUGGAAGGAGUGUGGUCAUUUAGUCACCAAGCACAGUAUAACUUCUGUGGCUACUUCUUGGCUCCUAUGUGUCAUCAUCAUCACCUAGAUUUCCAGCUGACUUGGGACCUGCAAGUCUGAAUCUAACAAUUUUGGCUUAGAUUCUGAGAAUCAAAAAGAAGAAUUUUAAAUACAAGAGUUUGAACUUGGGUGUAGUGGCUCACAC